AUGGCCAGUACGCCUGUCUCGAUGGCCCCAAUGUUCUCCUCGGGUCCGAUGCCAUCAAAUGACGAGCAGCAAAGGCUUUAUCAAACAAUAGUAGACCUUCUAGCUGCGAACAAUGUCGCAAUACCAACAUUAACAUCCCCAAACCAAACAUCAUCGAACUUGAUUGCACUGCAUCAACCAGCUUCAACAUGGGACACGGGUCCGUCUGUGACUCUGGCAACUAUCGAUGACUAUGAGCCCGAACUAUUAAAUACUCCAUCGUGGGGUUCACCACAUCUAUUACCCAAUUUAAUGCAGGAGGACGAUGAAGAGUAUGCUGAAUACGGGACACCGUCAUAUAGCACAUUCAACCCGUUGGAUAUGUCAUUUGAGUCAUUAGGGAAUGGUAUUCAGCAACCUCAGAUCGCUCUAGCUGCUGCUCCACAACAACGACAUAGAACUGCUGCACGAAAGAAGAUAUCACAUGCGUGUGUGCACUGUCGAAGAAGGAAGAGGAAAUGUGAUGGUGUAGCUCCUAUAUGUGGGAACUGUAAAACUGCAGAACUCAAAUGUGACUUUGAUCCAUUCUACAACGCUGAGGAGGACUUUGCUGAUCCAAAACAUCUCGCAUAUGCCGCUGAAUUGAAAAAGAGACUCAAAGAGCUCCAGCUGCAAAUGAAACAACAACAGUCGCAACAAUCAUCACGAUCAUCAAAGUCUCGCUCUAAAGUAGCAAUCCGCCAUAAACCAAUCAUUCCAAAGAGACCUCAACCCAUACACAGUAUAGAACGGCCCUUCAGACUGAAACUAACAGACAUGUUGGACUUGCAAGAGUUAUCCGAAUCAUACUUUUUAUAUCAUCAUCCUCUCGCACCCCUGAAUCUGCUUCAUCGCCCAUCAUUCCUAGAUCUAGUAGGCAAACGACAGAUAUCAAACAAAUUAUUAUUAUACAGCGUAUGUGCUCUCGGUGCACAACAUUCCAAGCAAGAAGCAAUUAUCAAUGGUGUCUCUACUCAAUGGUGUCAACGUGGCGAAGUCUUUUACCGGUUGGCCCGAUCUCUGGUAACUGAAAUGGUGGAAACUACGCCGAAUUGUGAUACUAUUAUAGCGUUGUUGUUGCUAGAACGGUAUGCUUUUGGGUUGGGCGAGGUGCAAGCUGCUGGUGCGUUUACCAGCAUGGCUGCACGAUUAGCUUUGUAUCUGGGUUUCGAUGUUGAUCCUGAUGAACGUAGUAGCGGAGAACCUAUAUCGUGGCUGGAGAAGGAGAGGCAAAGGCGCGUGUGGUGGUGUUGUUAUCUGAUUGAUUCAUGGCUGUCUGCAUCUUUUGCUCGACCUAGACUGAUACCCUCAGAGUACCCCGUCAAAUUACCAUCAAGUGAAAGAUUAUGGGAAACUGCAGACCCAACAGCAUUAGCUUCACCUGAACCCAUCGUAUACGAGUCACGACCGCCUUUAUUUACAUCCGACCCAGCAGCAUUAGAACCCAUCUUCCCAGGCUUGAUGACACCAAAUUACAUGCCUGCCAGUCCGUCUCUCAUGUUCGAUCAACUUAUGGGAUGGGCAAUGGACGCUGAAACGCCUCCUCAUUCAUCACUGCUUGACGAACAGGAUAUUAAACCCGCACUGGUAAUACAGAACGAACCCGAUGUAUACGUGCACUUGAUUGAAGCACGACUGUUAUUGACUCGGGCUAUGAGUUAUCGAUCUGUACGUAAACAAGGGGGUAUAAUGGAGCCUGAUUGUGGAAUUACCAAGCAUAUGGAAUCGAUUGCUGUCGGACGAUUGAAAGUAGUGCGGGUAUGGGAUGAUGAGUUUGGUAUGGAAGCUCGAGACUCGGACGAGUAUUCACGGGAUUUGCCUCGAGUUGAUGAGGAGAUGAGAUUGUGGUGGGAUGCAUUGCCAGCUCGAUAUAGGGAUUUGUCGAUACAUUCUGCUGGGUUUCAACCGUCCCUUACUUCUGACUCACCAUGGCUACUAUGCUUCUUGCAUAUAACAUACAACUAUGCUUUACUAUCACUACACCAACCCCGUGCAUCGCAACGUAUUAUGACACUCCCACCAUCACAAGCAUCCAAAGACCCAUCAGUCAAAACCUGCUUGCAAGCAUCACUAGCUAUAACAGAAUUAUUGACUCAGUACCUUUUGCCUCACGAUCCUAAAUGCAGUCGUAUCCCUCAACAAGCAGCAUUUGCCUUCUUUGAGGCUGGAUCAUGUUUAGCUAGAAUGUCAAAAGCUGCUAUUACUGGAUCGAAGGGUAAACUUGGAAUAUCACGUAUCAAAGCUGGUGUAUUGAAGGCGUUGCGUGGUAUGAGCUCUGAGUUUCCAGCUCUAGGUGGAUUUAGGGAUAUAUUGGAGAAUAUCAUAAGUAGCGGGCGGUGA